GUGCAACGAACGCAUGUGCACUUGCCACUAGUGCUGUUUCAAUUUGGCUGGGAGGCCUUUGUGUGUCGUCAUGGGCAGAGGGAAGCCCAAGGAGAAGAAAACUGAUUUGAUUGGAGGUCCAGAGCUAGAGGAUGAAGAUGUGGAAGAAGCAGACAUCGAAGCCUUAGCGAGGUCCAAGCUCGGUGCUGGAGAGUUCAUCCUGGGAGAAGAGCCCAAACCUGAUCAGGAUGAAGACUAUGAGGUCCAGGAUACGGCAAAGCGUGGAAUUUGCAUUGCCCCGCUGCUUCUUCAACGACUCAGUGAGCUGGAAUACAAGGUUCCCCCAGGGGCAAAGCGCGUGCCAUGGGUAGACACCAUGGCCAUAGAUGGGCAGAGCGAAUUGCCCAAAGGUGUCACCGCCAAAGAUGGAGUCAAGCUGGAGAGCGCUUUCUUAGGCAUGGCCCAAGAAGCAGCAGCAGAGGCUUACCGCAGGCUGCGGGUGAUGCGAAUCCCGUGUACUCGACCCAAUGAUUUCUAUGCAGAAAUGAUGCGGCCUGACAAGCAGAUGUACAGAGUUCGACAACAAGCUGCAGAAGAAGAACGCAGAAUCAAGAUUGUUGAAGAUAGAAAGAAAGCCCAAGCAGGCAAAAAGUUUGCCAAGAAGGCAAAGACAAAAAAGUUGGAGGAACGUGCGAAGGAGAAGCGAGACUCCUUAGAGCAAAUUGCACAGUGGCGCAACCGAAAGAAAACUGAGGGCAAGAACACAGAUGAGCAGGAUUUGGAAGACAUACUUUCACGUCAGCAGAGAAGAAAGGAACCUGAAGGGAAAGGAAAAGGAAAGGGCAAGGCCAAGAAGUCGGCCAAGAGGAAAAAUCUGGACGAGAAGUAUGGCUUUGGUGGCAAAAAGAAGCGCAGUAAGCAGAAUGACAAGUCCUCCAUGGAUGACAUGUCGAUGUCUCCAUGGGGAAAGAAGGGAAAAGGCGGAGGAAAAGGUGGAGGAAAAGGUGGAGGAAAAGGGAAAGGAAAGGGAAAGGGGAAAAAGAGGAAGCGAUGACAAAUAAGACUCGGCGCUGAGACAGUAAGGCCUUGUCAUCACUUAAAGUGAAGGACACAAAGUGGUCACAGCCAUCACGGCCCUUUGGGCAUCAUCAGAUUUGCCCGGUCUGCUUCUGCAGCCCUUCGUGAGCCGAGCAUGUUUCGCUGAAAAA